CCUUGUUUAAUUCUCGUGUGUCCCGAUCAUCGCGCCAUCUACAGCAAUAAAAUGAAUAAAUUUGGUAACAACCGGUAGCACUUCUGGUCCACGCUUCGUUCAGUUAACACUCAGUCGCACAACUAUAGACUACAAUGGCAGACCUCAACUCUAGGGAAGUCGAAAAGGCAGAAUUCGCCUUUUCCAUUUACGAUGCUGACGGUUCCAACCAAAUCGACGCUGUCGACCUUGGAAAUGUUCUCCGGGCCCUUAACCUGAACCCCACGAACGCUACCAUCGAGAAGCUUGGAGGAACGAAAAAGAGGGGCGAGAAACUGAUGAAACUCGACGAAUUCUUACCGAUUUACAGCCAGUGCAAAAAGGACAAGGAACAGGGAUGCUACGAAGACUUCCUCGAGUGUCUGAAACUGUACGACAAACAAGAAAACGGAAUGAUGCUCGGGGCCGAACUUUCGCACACGCUGCUCUCGCUUGGUGAGAAACUGGCCGAUAACGAAGUGGACACCGUGUUGAAGGAAUGCAUGGACCCGGAAGACGACGACGGUUUCAUCCCCUAUGCUCCAUUCUUGAAGAAGAUGAUGGUGCUAUUGUAAGCAAACAAGAUGACAGUGUCACAAAAAUCGUGUUUCCGUUCCUCCGUAGACUGUGCGAGAGAGCAACGGCAGAAGAUUGAAGUGACAACGCGAUCGCCAUAAUGUCGGCGUUCAUCGGUCGACAAACUCCACGUCAAUGAGGGACACGUCUGUUCGUUAUAUUCAUCAUACCAUUCAUCUCCUAUUAAAAAUCAUUAAGCGCGCCCGAGCAUAUUACAUUUCACACUGACGCGCGAAGCAGUGAAAAACAUUCUGAAUCGACGUAUCGUCGUAUCGAGCCUCUCGGCAACCAAUGUAUAAUAAAAAAAAAAUUUUCAAAAACCUACCCAAAUUCACGCGAUCUUAAAAGCAAACGUACCAAUCGCUCGCAACACACGCGAGAAACUAUCACACUUCGAUUCGGUUUAUUUGCACCGUUGCAACACAAUAUAUUUUUAGCGAUAACGACACAUAAUAUCAUACGAAUAUCUUAAUAUAUACACUUAUGUAUUAACAUUGUACAGAACCGAAAGAAAAAGAUCAAUGUUAUUUUACUUCUUACGAUUAAUUUAAUAAAUACCCCUCGUCUAACGAGGACAGCCAAA